UUCAAUUAAUAUAUUCCAUAAAUUACAAGGAAUAUUUCGGACAAUUUUAAAAUUACACAGCAUCUCAAAACUUUCUACUUUGGCUUCAGACCAGACCUUUCCCACUCAGAGAAGAGGAAAUCUCGUCCAUUUUAAAACACAUUGAUCGGCUGCGUAUGUACUGUAUAAUUUAUAAUUAUGAGUGUACGUCUUGAAGGAGGGGGGAUGGACGAGUGUAAAGUAAACUAGGAAAAGAGUGUGGCGGAGCAGCGGUCGUUGUUAGAGAAAGUUCCGUGUGCUGUGCAAAAUGCCACAAACUGAAUAACUGUAUGUAUACUUUCAAUUUGCAUUGAAUUAUUAUUUUUGUGUGCAACGCAGAAUAUUUGCGAGACUGGAUCAGCGGUACACAAUUGCGCACGCUCAUAGUUUAGUGGGACCAAUGGCUGACGUUUUAAUUUUUUUUAAUUUAUUUUUUUGCGGCACGCCAUCCCGCAAUCGACCAAGACUGCCUCGAUCACAAUCGAUGCUUUGAGCACCCCUGCUAUGAAUCAAGAGGUUUCAAAGCAUUGGAAGUUCAUGCGAAACGACAAACGCGUCACACAAUGAGAGGAAGCAAGGAAAUUGAACUUUACCUUAGCUGCUACAUUUGGAUGUCAACCCAAGGCCAACAAACCCUAUGGACUUCAUCCCUUCUUUACGUCCACUAUUCCCGGUAUUGAGAGGCAAGAUCCACAGAAACAACCAACCCCAGUUUCAGAGAGGGUAAUCAAUAACAAGGCGGAAAGUGUUGUGAACAUCCUGUGAAAAUGUGUGCAAGGAGGACUGCAGCAUAUGAGGAGGAAGUUUGGGGAACGAAAGAAGAGAAGGCGCCACUCAGUGAACAACUGGACGCUGUGUUCAGUCUGCAACCUCGAAUUGUCCUACACAGAGUAGACGUCAGUGAAAAUCUUCAUCCAGAGAGGCAGCAGACAGUGUCCCAUAACAUCAAAGAAGAAGAGGGGGAAGAGGUUCAACACAUCAAAGAGGAGGAGGAAGUGUUCCUACACGUGAAAGAAGAAAAGGAGGAACUCAUCCCGGUUCCAUCCACUGGUGUCCAUUUGAAUAGUAAAAAUGAAGGUCAAAGUGAGAUUAGACGAGGGGCGGCGCCUCCAAGCAGGAACAGCUCAAGUGAUGGAGUUUACUGUGAAGAAUCACAAACAGACAAUGAUGAUGAACACUCGGAUGGUGAUAAGACUUGUCACACUGCCAGGAAAAGCUGGAAAUGUUCUCAGUGUCGGAAAACCUUUGCUUCUAAGAGCAAUUUUAAAAAACACUUGAAAAUACACACUGGAGAGAAGCCAUUUCUCUGCUCAGUUUGUGGUCAAAGAUUCACACAAAAGGGAAACUUAAAAACACACACAAGAACCCAUACUAAUGAGAAACCUUUUUCCUGCUCAGUUUGUGGUCAAAGAUUUACUAAGAAGGGAAACCUAAAAAGACACACAAGAGCACACACUGGUGAAAAACCUUUUUCCUGCUCAUUUUGUCGUCAAAGAUUCACUCAGAAGGGACAUUUAAAAAUACACACAAGGACCCACACGGGUGAGAAACCUUUUUUCUGCUCAAUUUGUGGCCAAAGAUUUUCUGUGAAAGAAAACUUAAAAACACACACAAGAACACACACAGGUGAAAAACCUUUUUUCUGCACAAUUUGUGGUCAAAGAUUCACUCAGAAUGGAAACUUAAAAAUACACACAAAAACACACACUGGUGAGAAGCCUUUUUGUGGUCAAAGAUAUUCUAUCUACAGUCGUGUUCAAAAUGGUAGCAGCCCUAUGUGGCUAACCAGAUAAAUCCACACUUUCAGUAUGUUUUUUAUUGCUACAUGUCAAAACAAGUUACCAGCAGGUGCAGUUGAUGCUCAGAAAACCAACAAGACCCAGCUUUCGCGAUAUAUACACUCUUAAAGCUGUGCAAUUGGCAAUUUGUUCAAGGGGGGGGGGGGUGUUAAAAAAUAAUCUGCGGUUGACUUCACAAACAUAACAAACAUUUUUUACAAUUUUUUUUUGGUUUCUAGAAUCUACCAAUCCUUUGAAUCACUGUACUAAUAUUUAGUUGUAUGACCACAGUUUUUUUUUUUUUUAUUACUGCUUCAUAUCUGCGUUUCAUUUCAGCUGUUGUUCCACUCCUGGAUUCCUGAAUGACAUUCCACAAUUCCUUUACAUUUCGUGGUUUUGCUUUAGAAAUAGGAUUUUUUUAUGUCGCUCCACAAACUUUUGAUCUGAACAAUGUGUUGAACGAUCCAUUUUCCUCAGGAUUUCAAGGAGAAAUGCAUGUUUAACAGGUGUUGGCUUCAUCCUUAAAAAAGGGCCACCUAUUUCAUGCCUGUUUUUCACAAAAUUGAUGACCUCACUACUUUAUUUUUUUUUUUAACUUACCCCUUUCAACAAAUUGCCCCAUUGCAGAGCCUUAAAUGUAUAUCACGAAUGCUGGGUCUUGGUUUUCUGAGAAUCUACUGCACCUAUUGGUAACUUAUUUGACAUGUGAGCAAUAAAUAUACAAAAAUGUAGAUAAUCUGGUUACUCACAUUGGACUGCUAUUAUUUUGAACACUACUAUAAGUACUCUGAAAAUAAGCAAGUUUAAUUUUGCUGAGAAAAAUAAUGCAAAAUCAGGCAGCACGGUGGGGCAACGAGUUAGAGCAUUGGCCUCACAGUUCUGGGGUUCAAAUCCUGGAUCCGCCUAUGUGUAGUUUGUAUCUUCUCCUCAUGCCACGUGUGUUUUCUCUGGUUACUCUGGUUUCCUCCCACAUCCCGAAAACAUACAACAUAAUUGGAGACUUUCAAUUGCCCCUAGGUGUGUGCGACUGUUGUCUGUCUCUAUGUGACAUGUAACUGAUACAAAUGAAUAGGCUACUAUUGCUUGAGUGUAAUAAAUCAAACUCAUAUUAAUUCAUGAAAAAUGUAUUCAAAUGCACCCUCCCUGAAUAAUAAAACUAGCCUUUUGAAAAGGUUAAGUAUAAAACAAUCUAAAUUA